GUUGCCGUGACGAUGAUAUCCUCCCCCCCCCCCCCCCCCCCCCCCCCCCCCCUCCGACACACACCCACACACACACACACACACACACGGGAGAGAGCAGAGGAGAGGGAGCAAACAAGACAAGACGCUGUCAUGACGCGACGGCUUCAGGCUGCAACAGACACUCAUGUCCUGCGUAUCAGGGAAAAAUGGGUGUCCACCAUUUGAACCCUUUGUGAUUUCCAUCAACACUAAAUCUGUUGCCUUUUCCCUUAAAUCAAACCUAAAGAGGAUUGGACGGGUAAAUGAAUAAUGUCUGUCGUUUUGAAUGCCUGGACCUCGUUGCACCCAACAGGAAUAUAAUGGACUAAUCCAAGACUACAGGCUCAAAUAAAGGGCAUGUCUGAACUUUUAGCUCCGCCUCUUUGCAGCAGAGAGGUAAAGCUCUGACAAAAGUGGAUGAUUGUACACUAAAAAUACAGAAAACCAGACCCUAGAUUGGAUUUUCCAAGCACUCUUGUGUUGGUGCUGUGUGGCAAAGUCCCGCAGGAAGUCAUGCUUCUCCCAAGAUCCAACAUGUGCCAAGAGUUACCAUAAGGAGUCCAUUUGAAUGUUUUGCCCCCGUCCCCUCACGCAGGCACAAUGGAAUAAAGUGUGAGACAAGGAGUAUAAAACAUCAAGCGUGUAUCUGAACUACCAGCCCCUUCCCCCUGGCGGCAGUGUGGAACAAGGGGCGUGUUCGGAGGUUCACCCCCACCAGGCCGUCGCUCGCAGAUGGAGGCGCACCAACACUCCCCAGAUAGCAGCAGUGAGGAGUGCACCGUCCUGGAGGCUCCGCCCGGCAAAAACGCCUGCCCCCAACAUGCAGGCAAGGUGGCAGAGCUUUACUGUUCGGCCUGCGAGUGUGCGCUGUGUGAGGACUGCGUGCCGGGCCACCAGGAGCACCCUAAGGUGCCCCUCAGCCAGGCCCUGGAGCAGCAUCGCAGUAGCCUGCAGGAGAGGCUGGGGGCCAUCCAGAACAGACUCCCUCAGAUAUCAGACUCCCUGUCCUUCAUUAAGGAGACCCUCCAACAGCUGACCAAUCAGAGGGCUUCAAUCGAAGAGGACAUCCAGUCGAGCUUUGAGGAUCUACACAAGCAGCUGGAUGUCCGGAAGAGUGUCCUGCUGAUGGAGCUGGAGGUCACAUAUGGACUCAAACAGAAGGUCCUUCAGGCCCAGGUGGACAGCCUUGCGCGGGGAGAGGGGGACCUAAUGGCCUCCUGCACCCAGGCGGAGGAGGCUCUGGCUGGGGAGGCGUGCGUGGCGAGCCUGCAGGUGGAGCAGGAGCUGCAUGAGAAACUGGGGGAGCUGGCCGGCCUCGGCCUACCGUGUCAGCCGGAGGAGAACGACCAGCUGGAUCUGCUGAUGGAGACAGACGGUCUGAGGAAGUCCAUCCACAACCUGGGGACCAUCGUCACGACCAGUGCGGUGGCGAGCCAGAGCGAAGCCAUGGGGGCAGGCCUGGAGCAGUGCGUUGUGGGACUUCCUGCCUCAGUUACCAUCGUGACAAGAGACAAGUCAGGGGGAGCCUGCAAGAGUGGCAAUGCAAUCCUAUCAGCUGAGGUAUUCACCCCAGAUGGCAGCAUAGUGGACGGGGAAAUAUUGGACCACAAAAAUGGGACUUAUGAGUUUGUGUACACAGUGCCGAAGGAGGGCAACUUCUCGUUGGCUCUCCGUCUGUACGACCAGCACAUCAAAGGAAGCCCCUUCAAACUGACUGUCAACAGGAUGUUAGAGACAGAGGUGGAGGUGUCCCCCUCCACCACCACGGCAACCAACUCAGCAGCCUACGCCACCCCGUCCACAGGCUCCUCUGAGGGGGCAAAGAGACGAGGGAAGUCCCCCGGCCAGAAGAAGAAGGGCUCCAAGAGGGCGAGCAGCGCCUUGGGCACCCCGCGACGCAAAACCCAGAACCCCAUCGAGGACGACCUCAUCUUCAGGAUCGGAACAAAGGGGAGGAAUAAAGGGGAGUUCACCAACCUUCAAGGAGUGGCUGCUUCCUCCAGUGGCAGGAUACUGAUUGCUGACAGCAACAAUCAGUGUGUCCAGAUUUUCUCCAACGACGGGGAAUUCAAGAGUCGCUUUGGGGUGCGGGGUCGUUCGCCGGGGCAAAUGCAGCGUCCCACAGGCGUGGCCGUGCACCCCAGCGGUGACAUCAUCAUCGCCGACUAUGACAACAAGUGGGUCAGCAUCUUCUCCAGCGAGGGCAAGUUCAAGGGGAAGCUUGGCUCCGGCAGACUCAUGGGGCCGAAGGGCGUGUCCGUAGACGAGAACGGUCAUGUGAUCGUUGUUGACAACAAAGCGUGCACUGUCUUCAUCUUCCAGCCGACCGGCAAGCUCAUCACCAAGUUUGGUAGUCGAGGGACCGGUGACAAGCAAUUUGCAGGUCCACACUUUGCAGCAGUGAACAAGAACAACGAGAUCAUUGUGACUGACUUCCAUAACCACUCUGUCAAGGUUUUCACCCCAGAGGGAGAGCUGGUGUUGAAAUUUGGCUCUAAUGGUGAGGGAAACGGCCAGUUCAACGCUCCCACCGGUGUAGCCGUGGACAUCAAUGGGAACAUCAUCGUAGCUGACUGGGGCAACAGCAGAAUACAGGUGUUUGACGGCAGCGGCUCCUUCCUCUCGUACAUCAACACCUCCGCUGACCCUCUCUACGGACCCCAAGGUCUUUCUCUGACCUCGGACGGACACGUGGUAGUGGCUGACUCGGGGAACCACUGCUUCAAAGUCUACCGCUACCUACAAUGAUGGAGGCUUGGACGGAGUGAGGAAAAGACGGAUGGAGGGAGCAGGUGUUGGAUUGAAGAGAUAUGGUGCACAACGUCAAAUUCUAGGAAUAAUUGCAUGAACCUCUGCCGCUGCCUGUAACAUUGAAAGAAGAGAUGGAUAGAAAAGAGAAGGAAGUAAAGAAGGAUCAGCCAUUAGUACGACAUUAGACCACAACGAAACAAUGUUUUAGGUUAGACAUGACAUGAUUUGGAUUAAGAAUCGUUGUAGUUGUCGUCAAAAAAGGAAACAGUGGCUGACAUAGAUUGGUGGGACAAAGAUUGUUCUUUAAACUACAUUACCCACAAGUCUAAAGAACAGAGAUAAGGAUAGUAUGGAAUGAUGGUGGAUUCAAGAGUUUGCCGGCCUGAUGAAAAUGUGACAAAAAUCACCAAAUGGGACCCGGGAGUGAUGCUAGGCUGGAGUUAAACCAGUUAUGCAACGACUGCUUCAUGAUGUCAAACUCUAGAAGUCCUUCUUUCUCCCAGUUUGGCAUUAACAGAAAAAUGUAGGAGUGGAUG